AUGUCAAGCACCGCUCCAGAAUCCUCUUUGUCAAGAGAUGAAAGGCUUGCACUUGCACGGAAAAAAUUCGAAGAGGCCAGAAAAAAGUUACCCAAACUACCCGGCUCAGAGACAACAAGUGAACAGCUUCAUAAGACAAUCGAAGAGCAAGCAGCCACGAUAGAAAAAUUGAGAAAUGAAAAUAACGACCUAAAAACUGUCAAUCUGGACUUGAAGGAACGGAUCAAGGCUCUUGAGCAGAAAUUGGGCACCCAGGCCAACACAGAACAGCCCGUGGAGGAUUCCCUGAAGUUGAGCAAAAUCGACGAUCUCCUUGAUGAUGACUUGCUUGACGACGAGUACUCGCAUUUCCCUCAUAAUGGACUUGAAACUAGUGGAUUGCAUGAUUUGGGGGCACCCAGACCUGCCUCAAGCCGAUCAGAGGUUCUUCGUACAUUUUCCAACCACCUGGAAGCCGACGAAAAGGCGUUCGAGGAUUUCGAUAAGCAAAUUGAUGCAGGCCUUCUGGACAUUGUUCUGUCGAUUGUAGGCCGUGUAAGCACAGAACAGCCUGAGCUCGCACCCUCUGAGACACCUAGUGUGGAACCCAGCCAAGCUGAGUCUGUUAAUGUCUCCGAUGCCGAGAAGGCAGGUGGUGGUAAGACGGAGAUUGCUGUUGAUCACUCAAUUGAGAAGCAGGCCUCAAAGACUGAUGAUGUUGGACCUGAUCCAAAUGACUUGACAAAGAUCACCGAUUCCUCAGUGGACGAGACCAAAGAGCCUAAAGAGAAGUUGGUCGAAGCUAGUGCUCUCGAAGGUAACGAUGGUCAUCAAUUUGCUCCUAGCAAGCCUAAUCUUGAUGAGUUGGAUCUCGGUCCCAUUGAUGAUCUCGAUGACAAUGAAGAGGGUGCAGCUGCUCAUGUUCCUGACAAUGCACCAAUGGAAGAGAACAAGAACAGCAAUGAGGAAAAUGAGGGACAAAACGACGUGCAAAGUAAGCUCGACAAGCUUGACUUAGGUCCAAUUGAUGAUGAACACGUUGGUAUCACUAAUGAAGCAUCCGAGAAUCCACUUUCUAAAGAGAUCGAGUCAAACAUUACAGAGAACUUGGGCACUCUCGACAAGAACAACGAGACUGCUCCACAUGAGGAGCCUGUGAAAGAUAGAGAGGCUGAAGAAGUCAAAAACGAAGCGGACGAAAAGGAUAGGCUUGAGGCUGAGCAAGUUCAAAGAAUAGAGCAGGAAAGAGGCGAGCGUGAAAGAGUUGAAGCUGAAAAGUCUGAGGAAGAGAGACGCAAAGCUGAAAAAGCCGAACAGGAGAGACUUGUGGAGGAAAAGGCUGAACAGGAAAGACAAGAACAGGCUGAGCAAGAGAGACUCGAGCAAGAAAGACUUGAGCAAGAAAUACUUGAGAAAGAAAAACUUGAGCAGGAGAGACUUGAGCAGGAGAGAUUUGAGCAGGAGAGACUUGAGCAGGAGAGACUUGAGCAGGAGAGACUUGAGCAGGAGAGACUCGAACAGCAAAAACUUGAGCAGGAAAGACUUGAGAGAGAAAGACUCGAGAUAGAAAGAUUCGAGAAAGAAAAACUUGAGAAACAAAAGCUAGCGCAAGAAAGGCUAGAACAAGAAAGGCUUGAGCAAGGAAGGCUUGAGAAUGAAAGACUCGAGCAGGAGAGAGUCCAGCAGGACCAAGAAAGACUUGAGAAGGAAAUAGCUGAAAAAGAGACACUUGCCAGUGAGAGAGCAGAGCAGGAGGGAAUCGGUAAAGAAAGACUCGAGGAAGAAAGACUUGAUGGGCUUCCAAAGAAUGAAGCCGACAAAGGAAUAGCUGAAGGUGAAAACCUCACGUAUGAGAAGGACGAGCUCGACAAAGUUGAGGAGUUGCUUGCGCGGGAGGAGACUCAAAAUCUAAAACAAAAAGAAGACGGAUUAGAGGAAAUUGCGAUUGAGGAUGAUCUCCUCGGUGAUCAGGACUUGGAUAUCAAGGGUAUCGGCCAAGAAGAUGCCAAAGCUGAAGAGACCCAACCAGUUACGAAACUUGACGAUCUCGACUUAAAUGAGGACGUUGACUCAGGUGAUUUUAUGGAUAGGGUCAAGGGACGGGAAGCUCCAGUCAUCGAGAAAGAUCAGACUGACUCAAAUGUCGAACACAGCACCACUAAGUCAUCAGAGAAGGCAAAUCCUGACGAGGAAGCGUUUGCCAAGGGCCUUGAAAGCUUUCUUGGCGAUGUCUCGCUCUCGCAACACAGUGAUGCUCAAAAAGGAGCUGAAACCAUCGAUAUUGAUUCCCUGCUUAGUGAAAAGCCUGACAUUAAGGAUAUUGACUUGAAUGAAUUUGAUAAAGAAUUGGAGGAGUUCACGAGGAACGCCCCAGUAAGUCAAGAAACUGGUAAAGGCGUUUCCGACGUGGCUGAAUGCCCUAACGAGUUUGCUACAGAAGAACAACGAGUGCUUGCAAUGUUUUCCAGCGAUUCGGCUGAUUUCAAGGAGCGUCUUAUGAUUUGGAAGGGAUGGCAGGUGGAUAUGACCUCAUGGACCUCUCAAGGAUUCCCGCCCAAAGUUGCACUCUGA